AGAAAACAUCUCUGCAUUCAUCAUCCAUAACUGCUUAUCCAGUAGAAGGUUGCACUGGUUGCUUGGAACCAACCCAGGAAGCCCAGGGCACAAGGCAGAGAUACACCCUGGAAAGGACGCCAGCCAGUUGCAGGGCCUUAUAAGACAACAGCACUAUGCUGUUUCAUUUUGCUGUUGCUUUGUGACAGAGAAAUGAAUAUUUCACUAGAACUGGAAACAUACCAGAACUGCUAUCCAGCAGCUAAUGGGACGUGUGUUAAAAGUAGCUACUCUGGAUUUGCCAGGUUUGCCUUGUAUAUGUUUUUUGCAUCGGGGAUGACCGUGACCAUCACAGGGAACCUGGUGGUCAUCAUCUCCAUCGCGCACUUCAAGCAGCUGCACACACCGACCAACAUGCUGGUGAUGUCACUGGCCCUGGCCGACCUGCUUCUGGGGGCCGUCGUGAUGCCCUUCAGCAUGAUCAGAUCGGUGGAGGGCUGCUGGUACUUCGGAGAUACUUUCUGCUCAUUACACUCCACUUUUGACAUUUUCCUCUCAAAUGUUUCAAUCUUUCACCUGAUUUCCAUUGCGGUUGAUAGAUACCAGGCAGUUUGCAAUCCUCUGCAGUACCAUAACACAGUGACCAUUCCUGUAGCUUGGCUGAUGGUAACGUUGAGUUGGGCUGCAGCUGCUUCUUACUGCUACAGUCUCCUUUACUCUAUGGGCAGUGUGAGAGGUCUAGAUGAAUACAUCACUUCAAUAAAUUGCCUGGGGAGUUGCACUCUUCUAUUUAAUGUGUUAUGGAGCACCUUAAAUACCCUGAUUGGAUUUUUCCUGCCCUGUUCAGUAAUUAUUGGCCUUUAUGGUAAAAUAUUUUUCAUAGCCAGACAACACGUCAGGCAGCUUGGAGGUACAAGUCAGCAGCCAUGUUUUACAGAGGGACAUGGCAACAGGAAAUCUCACAGCUCAGAGCGAAAGGCUGCAAAGACCCUUGGCAUUGUUGUAGGUGCCUUCAUACUCUGCUGGAUGCCUUUGUUUGUCAACUCUAUACUCGACCCCUAUACUGACUUUGCAACUCCUCCUAUUCUUUAUGAAGGUUUUGUCUGGCUGGGUUAUUUUAAUUCCACGUUAAAUCCUAUAAUCUACGGACUGUUUUAUCCGUGGUUUCAAAGGUCGUUGAAACUCAUUUUAUCUUUAAAGAUUUUUGAUGCACAUUCCUCAGAUACAAACGUUUUUUCCUGAAAGUUGAUUUUUCAUAAAUCCACCACAUAUUUCUGUAUAUUUACCAUAUAUACAUACAGAAUGUCCUUAAAUUUUUGUUUUAAAAUAGCAGAAGUAGGUGUUUGAUAUUUGUUUGAUUUGUUUUUUGUAUUUUACCUCUUCAUUUAUUUUUGGUAACAUUUUAUUUUGUCUCAAAUGAAAUUGCACCAACUCACCAAUGGAUGCUGUAAAAUAAUACAAUUAAUAACAUUGUUAACCAUCUCAUGCCCGACAGUCGCUGCAGGCUGGCAGGACAUUUUAACUUGAUAAUAAAUUCUGAAACCAUAACUGUCACCAUCACAUGUUUUUGGUGUUGGUUGUCAUUUCUAAUAAGACAUUUAUGAUCAAAUAUAUUCACUAAUUCAUUUUCAUGUAAUAGUCUUUUUCAUGUACGUCUAUAAAUUUUUCAGAAGUGCCA